CUCUCACAGAAAGCCACCACAGCAAGCAGAGACAGCAAAACCAAAAAAACACCCAAGACAAGCGAGGAAAGAGGAAGAAAACAAAAAGCUGCCCCUUAUGGAAGAUAUAAAGGAUUCUACGGUGAAGAGAUUUUGCGCCAAAAAUAUUCUGAUCAUCCUUGGUUUCUCCUCUAUCUUGGCUGUGAUAGCUUUGCUUUCUGUGGGAUUGACCCAGAACAAACCAUUGCCAGAAAAUGUUAAGUAUGGGAUUGUGCUGGAUGCAGGGUCUUCUCACACCAACUUGUACAUCUACAAGUGGCCAGCUGAGAAGGAGAAUGACACAGGAGUGGUGCACCAGUUAAAAGAAUGUCAAGUGAAAGGUCCUGGAAUCUCAAAAUAUGCUCAGAAAACAAAUGAAAUAGACACAUACCUGGCUGAGUGCAUGGAGAUGUCCACUGAACUGAUCCCAGCGUCCAAGCAGCAUGAGACACCCGUUUACCUGGGGGCCACAGCAGGCAUGCGCUUACUUAGAAUGGAAAGUGAAGAGUCGGCCGACAGGGUCCUGGCUGCAGUGUCGAGGAGCCUCAGCAACUACCCCUUUGACUUCCAGGGUGCCAAGAUCAUCACAGGAAAAGAAGAAGGCGCCUACGGGUGGAUUACUAUCAACUAUCUGCUGGGAAAGUUCACUCAGAAACAGACUUGGCUAAGGGUCAUCUCAUCUGACAGCCGGAAACAAGAAACAUUCGGCGCUUUGGAUCUUGGCGGAGCCUCUACACAGAUCACCUUUGUGCCCCUAAAUAACACUUUAGAGGCCCCAGAAAACUCUCUGCAAUUCCGUCUCUAUGGCGAGGACUACACUGUGUACACACACAGCUUCCUGUGCUAUGGGAAGGACCAGGCACUCUGGCAGAAACUGGCCAAGGACAUCCAGGCUUCAAGUGGCGGGACCCUCAGGGACCCGUGCUUCCUCCCGGGAUACAAGAAGGUCGUGAACGUGAGUGAACUCUUCGGCACCCCCUGCACCAAGAGCUUUAAAAAGAAGCUACCAUUUGAUCAGUUUCAAAUCCAGGGCACUGGAAACUAUGAGCAGUGCCAACAGAGCAUCCUCGAGCUCUUCAACAGCACCUACUGCCCUUACUCCUACUGUGCCUUCAAUGCCGUCUUCUUGCCACCUCUCCAUGGAAGUUUCGGGGCAUUUUCAGCGUUCUACUUUGUGAUGGAUUUCUUUAAGAAGAUAUCAGAAGACAGUGUCUCCUCUCAGGAAAAGUUGACUGAGACAUUAAAAAGUUUUUGCUCAAAGCCUUGGGAGGAGGUAAAAGCAGCUCAUCCUAACAUAAAGGAGAAGUACCUGAAUGAAUACUGCUUCUCGGGUACCUACAUCCUUGCCCUGCUUGUGCACGGCUAUAACUUCACAGACAAUUCCUGGAACAAGAUUGAUUUUAUGGGCAAGAUCGGAGACAGCAACGCUGGGUGGACUCUGGGCUACAUGCUGAACUUGACCAACAUGAUCCCGGCCGAGCAGCCGCUAUCCCCACCUCUCCCUCACUCCACUUACAUCAGUCUCAUGGUUAUCUUCUCCCUGAUCUUGGUUGCUGUGGCCAUCACUGGCAUAUUCAUCUACAGAAAGCCUUCAUAUUUCCAGAAAGAGGCCGUAUAGCAGGAAGAGCUGACAUUUGCUGGCUGGAGUGAGAAAACAGCUUGCCCAGGGAAUGUGUUCCUCUCUGCAGGGGACUCGAGAGUCACCCUUCCCUGCUUUCGGGAGAGUCCGCUUCUGUGGCUUCAUGAUGCCUGUCCCUGGCGACAUUCAACACCCUCUGCCUCAAGGACUUCCUGGUGAUAUUCUCUUAUCCCUUCCAGCUACCCUCUUUCUCCUUUGCCCUCUGUGCUUGGGAUCAUAAUUUUCAUGAUCUGUGCUUCAUAAAAGAACAAUAGUUUUUCCUCUCAAAAACUAAGAGUCCUGAGUGCCACACUGCCCAAGGUGAACUGGCUGAAAGGAAACUCAGAAACCAUCUCAGUCAUAGCUUUGGAACACGCCGCCCUCCUCCCCCCGCCGCCAAUCCCUAAGAAAGCCAUGCAGUGCCUUUGGAAUGAGGAGACACAAACCCAUUCCAAACCUACCCUUUAGAUAAGAGAAUUUUCUAACGUAGAUAGAUAUGUGCUAAAGCCAAAGAGUUUUUGUGAAAGAGCCUAUGUGUCUGUGCAGCUAAUGUGACUCAUCAGCUACUGAAAACAAGAAUGGAAACACACUGUAUAUUCCUGCAUGAUGCCAAAACGCUACCAAGUAGAACACAAAAGCCUGAGAGUUUUGAAAAGCAGAGCCACACAUAGGCAUUUAGGGGAUGCAACGUGACAGUAGUGUAUAUGCUAGAAAGAAAACUAUAGUCACCGCUGCGGGACUGGGAAAACACGCCCUCUACUGCAUCCUUUCAAGUUGUGUUUAUUAUGUUAAAUUACACAGAACAAAUUUUGCCACAUUUACAUCCAGCUCAGUACAACUGAAUGGAAUUUAGUAAUUUACAACGUUAUACAAUAAUCACUAUUUUGAAGAUUUUGUGUUCAAUUAUGUGUGUACGUGUGGGUCUGUACACAUAAGUACAGUGAAUAUGGUGGCCAGAAGAGGGUGUCAAUCUUUGGAGCUGGAGUUAGAAGCAGCCAGUUGUGAGCCAUCCGGUGUGGGUGCUGGAAAUCAAACUGAGGUCAUCUGCAAGAGCUCUAUGUGCUCCUAAUCUCUGAGACACCUCUCUAGGCCCCACACCACUAUCUUAUAACAUUCUAAAACCAAGAAGCUGGCAGGGGACAAGACCACAUACAUGGUUUUUUCUCAAACCACAAACCUUUCCACUGAUGGCCAAAUAGACUCUGCGACACAGAGAUGGCUCUUUGGGUUUGAGAGCUGUGCCACAUAUUUUUUUGUCCCAAGAUUUAGAUUAGUGAAGGGUGACAGGCAGAGAUGGUAUUUACACGUCAAGUGUUGCUGCUCUUCCAUUACAUGUCUUAUUUUUCUUAUUUCACAAAGUGUUUCUGUGUAAUGAAUAUGUGGUUAUGGAUUUUUAUUAUGGAAAUGUAGAGAGAUCUUGGAUCUUUCCUAUGAGUAUUGCUGAAAGAAUUAACUGUCGAGCAGAAUUGAGCAGUGAUAUGUUCUGGCCAUACCUCAAGCUCUCUGUCCAACUCUGAUCUGGGGAUUGACUAGUCAGAAAGGGAAGUCCCCUGCAGACUAGAACCAAGUGCCCUGCAUCUCUUCGGUAGGGUAGUCAAGCCAUUUUCCCUUUUUGUAAGUCUCUUCUGCUAUUCACAGUUGAAUGUGCUGGCUAAAUUGUUGUAGCUGCCACUGACUGAGCAUCUGUGGUGAUGCUUUGUGCUUAGGCGCAUUGUGUUCAUCUUCUCAUCCUCCUCUCACAACAGUCUGAAGAAGGUGGCUCUUCCCACUCCCCAUGCCCAAGGUAGAGCUGUGCUCAAACUCACAUUUGCCUCGAGUCUAUCAUUUUCUUUCCCUUUCUUUUUCUUUUUGUUAUUGUUGUUUUCAAGACAGGGUUUCACUAUGUAGCUCUGGCUGUCCUAGAAUUCACUAUGUAGACCAGGCUAGCCUCAAACUCACAGAGAUCCACCUGCUUCUGCCUCCGAUGUGAUAGGAUUAAAGGCAUGCAGCACCACACCUGGCCAGUUUUUCCUUUUCUAAAUACCCUGCCACCACUACUGCCAAUACGUUGGAAUUCAAAAUUGCAUAUUUCCUUCGGAGAACAAAAAUAUUUUUUGUUUAACUACAUUUUUGUCUUGUUGCCCAUGUUAAACAAACAAAAAAACCUCAAUGGAGACAAUUAGGUACCACCUAAUCUCAGUUCCAUGAGAUGGAAGGUUAAUCCAGGGAUUUUCUUUGGGUCUUCUGGGUUAAGCAGGCCAAAUAUAAUGAGUCACUAUUAAUAUUUUAAUGUUGGCUUGCCCAUUGGUCAUAGUUAAUUAUUACUCAUUUCUAGAUAUUCACUCAGGACUCAGAAUCUGGUUCCUUCACAAGUUGGUGAUUUUUUUUUUCUUUGAACCUACAAGGACAAUCAAUCAGCAGAAAUGGUUCCAUCUGCAUAUAAAAAGUGUAACUAUAGAACUAGGCUUUGCACAUGGAUGUAUAUAAGAAAGAAAAGUUUCGAUUCAUCCAAAUAAGUGAGUAAUGAAUAAGAUGAUAUAAACAAAAGUUUCAAACAAACAUUUCAUUUUGGUGUUUCGUUAGCCAAAAUCCAAUAUGAGAAACAGAUGGCAUACUCCAAAGUGGGAAACAAGCAGAGUUUAAACAGAGAGACUAAAUUUAAAAUAUCCUGAUUUUGAUAACUACUCAAUGUAAGAAUGUUCAUAUAUGUUUUCAAAAAUCCUAAUCUUCCAAAAUCUCUUGUGUGCAUUACAUUCAUAUUGUAACGAAGACUAGCCACAUUUUAGGCGUCCAACACAAGCUACACUUUGGCAUAUUGGCAGGUUUGGAACAUACUUCUGAAGUUUACAAGGUAGGUAAGAAGUAAGCUCUUAUUGUCUUUUCCUUGGGGAGCAUUACACAAGUAGGGUAGGCAGAUUACCACAUUCCUGCCGUUCUGUUCUCUCAUUACACACAGAGAGAAAUAGUAUCCCUAAACAAGCUUUUUAGAUCCCAGCUGAGCUAUGGCUUUGCUGCCUUUGUAUGACAACUGGGCCAAAAUGUGAUGUAAGCUUGAUAAAAAAAUUUCACCUGAUUUCAAAGAUGAUUCUUCAUGUUCACAUUUCUCAAAAUGUAAAUUUGAAUGUCAAAAUAAAAAUCAAAGGUCAUCUUUAAAACUUUU